GCCUGGUCAGUUAGUUCCGUCUAAUGAUUCAACUGAAGUAAAUAUCUCCGACUUCACCAACCGCCUUACCCAGCAUAUGCUUCAGCUUAGACCAGUAGCCCCUCGCCAAUCACUUCAUAAAGCUCAAGUAAAUAAGAACCUACUCACUAGCAAAUUUGUAUUUGUUCGCGUCGAUGCCAUUAGAAAAGGUUUACAACAUCCAUAUGAAGGUCCUUUUCUAGUACUUAAACGCACCGAAAAAUACUUCACGCUGAACAAACAUGGUAAACCGGAGACUGUUUCUAUCGACCGUCUUAAACCAGCGUACACCGACAGCGAACAUGAAACACUAGCAACGCCGACACCAAUAAACAAUCAGCAAGUCAAUGCAACUCCAACUCUCCCGCUCUUCACUCUUCCCCCUGUACAGACACGCAGUGGGCGGCAGAUCUGUAAACCUGCCCGCUAUGUUCAUUUCAUUGACUGACAUAAACGUUAACCUCAUUUAGACAUACUUCUCAUUACUAUUGUUGUUAACAUUCACUUCAUUAUAACCAUUAAUAUUUAUUAGUAUUAUUAUUUGCUGUUCGUCAACUGUACUGCAAGCACACGCAUUCACCACGUAUAUGUGUAUAUCUAUUUAUAUAUGAAUUUCACAAAUGUUAACAAACAUGUCAUGGUUUAUUAUGUACAUAAAUUUUUAUUUAAAAUUAUAACAAGUUUUGAUUUUUUUUUAAAAUUCCUGUAUGUGCUUGUAUGUGCUAAACUUUAUACGACACGGAUGCAUUCCAUACAUCCUGAUCUAACUUUGUA